CUGAUUGGAAGGCCAAUAUUUGGCGCCGUUUGCAAUUUUCCCCGUGUGCGUUCUAAUAUAGUGUAUGGAAUUACCAUGGCUAUGUGCGGGAUUAUGUCUGUCAUUAGCAUCUACAUAGAAAGUUUAACUGGUCAGCUUAUAUCUAUCUUUGUGAUUGGAGUCGGUGUUGGCGGAUAUGUUGUUCUAAUUUCCUUUGUUGUGUGCUGUUUUAUGGGGAUCGAUAAAAUUGGUCCUGGUUCAUCAAUUACCUACCAGGUGCAUGGAAUAUUUGGUUUAAUAGCAGCGCCUAUAUCAGGGUUAAUGCGGGAUACGUACGGUUCAUACGAAGAGGUUUUCUGGUUGGCUGGUGUAGCUUAUGCAAUAGGUGCAGCCGCGGCAUUCCUGCUUCCAUUAGCGAAAAGCAGAGACGUUAAAAGAAGGAAAGAUGGGAGAGCUUUUGAUAACUCGAUGCUCAUCACUGAAGACUAUUUAGACCGGCUACUAGUCACAGAAUACCUGACUACAUUAUAGAGUGUCAUCUCUCAUAUUCUAAUGGGAGUAGAGCCAGUCACAUAGAAUCAAUCACAACAUACUUCUCAGUUUUUGUAAAUCAGGCCGAAAUUCCACUCUUAUCAUGAUGACGUCUGCAUGUGGGACGAAAUACCAAGUACUAGCUGCCGAAUUUGGAUAUCGAGAUGCAAAAUGUUGAAAAUACAAGACAGAUACGGCAAACUCGAUUACUGUGACAAUAACAACUAUAUUGUCAAUAAAGAUGCUGAAAACCACAACGAUAUUCAUUUGUGCGGCGCGAGCAGCUGACAAGACUACGCCCUCUUGGUACAACACAAAUGAAGCACACAAUUUGAGUGUGUAAACAAAAGCGCAAACGGGUCGGCAGUGGAAUCGGAAGAUGACUAUAUGACAAGUGGAACA